CAGGGGGCGGGGGCCAUGGGGACCCGGGCAAUUCAGGGCGCGGGCGGGGCCGCCGCGGGUCCCGGUGCGGGGCACCCCCGGGGACCCGGCCGGGGCGGGGCGCAGGGCGCGCGCGGGAGCAUGGACGCGGAGGCCGCCCGCGGAGCCGCAGCAGGCAUUUACCCUGUGGAUAUUUUGGAAGACGACCCUGCUGGGCAUCAGGAAGCGACUCUGGCUUACUAUGCCAUGCUUGGGGAAGGAGCGGGGCCCUCACCAGAGGUUUUCUCUCUUCCCACUGGGGAGCAGGUUGAACUCGAAGCUUCAUCUGUUUGCUUUUGCACCAUGCACCGUGACGAACCUCAACACAAAAUCUUGGUCUUGGUUAAUCCCCAGGACACAAAGACAGUUGUUGCUGUUUAUGUGAAGCAGUCCUGGUGGACCACUGAAGAUGUACUAAGAACCUCUGAUCCUUCAAGAGAAGGUCUGAUGAAGGUUCAGUCAUUUGGGGAAAGGAUUGUGCUUUUCAUUCUGAACGUCGUUAUUUUUGGAAGACUAGAGAGGAAUUUGGAUGAUGAUGACAUGUUUUUUUUACCUCACUCUGUGAAGGAGGAGGCUAAGAUUCUGUGGCGAGAUGGAGCAGCUGUUGGAUUUUACACAACCAAAAGCAAAGGCAGCCUGUGCGGCGACGGCACGGGUACCUGCUACCUCCUGCCGGUCUUCGACACCGUGUUUGUCCGGAGGCGCCACCGCCGGCGGGGCCUGGGGCUAGCCAUGCUGCGGGACUUCUGCCAGACGUUCCGAGAGGAUGAGGCCCUGGGUGUCAGCUGGCCCAUCUCGCCCGCCAUGUACCAAGACCAGAGCUAUGAGAAGACAACUGUCGGUGGUUUAAGGCCCCCCCUCCACCCUCCGCGAGUGGUGUUUCACUGUGGCCCCGAGCAGGCUGGACGGGUCUGCAGGAAGUUCCUGACGGCCCACCCAGCUGAGCGGGGACGCCUGUGGGAGGUGGAGCCCCCCGGAGCCUGGGGCCAGCGAGACAACAUCUGGCUGAAGGUUCAGCUUCAACAGUCAAGACUUCAUCUGGAUUCUCACCCAGGACAUUCCAAGGAGGCCAUGGCUACUCGUGGGCAGACUUCUCAGGAUGAUGGACCCAGGCUGUCCCAUAACGGAGAAGACCACAAGGAGAGGAUCAGCGGAGACCGGGAGCAGACCGGUGGAGACCACGCCCUGAAGGCAGCAGAGGGGUGGCUUGCGCGAGCCUGCCCGGCGGGGCAGGAGGGGCGGACACCGGCGGGUGCCGGGCUGCCCGGGGGGCCGGCAUGCGGCCCCGCCCCUGACCCCCGCAGGCUGAGCUGACCCCGGGGAGGCCGAGCUGACCCCCGGGAGGCCAGCCCCAUCCCUGACCCCCCGCAGGCUGAGCUGACCCUGGGGAGGCUGGCCCUGUCCCUGACCCCCAGGAGGUUGGCCCCCGCCUCUGAACCCCGGGAGAUCGGCCCUGCCUCUGACCCCCGCAGGCCGAGCUGACCCUGGGGAGGCUGGCCCCGUCCCUGACCCCCACAGGCCGAGCUGACCCCAGGGAGGCUGGCCCCACCCCUGACCCCCGGGAGAUUGACCCUGCUUCUGACGCCCUGCCUCUGACCCCCGCAGGUUGAGCUGACCCCGGGGAUGCCGGCCCUGCCCUUGGGGUUGGAGCGCUGCCAUCCCUCCAGGCUCCUGUCACGGGGCGCUGCCCUGUGUCCCUGCUAUGCUGUCCUUUGAGGGACAAACGACCACACGGACCCCCCUACCGCAGGCUUGAUGUGUGGGCUCAGGUGAUGCCAAGUCUGAGAAGCGCUGCAGUGAAUCCCAAAGCCCUGUUGGGGGCAAGUGAUUGUAUUCCUGCUCAAGCUUCAGAAGCCUGUUCGUUAAGCCUAAUGGGGUUUCUCUAGCUCAGGAUGAGUUGGUGAAGACUGCUCCAGGCCCAUGUGACUGGACCCUCUUGCCUUAGCACCAGGAAGCACUGCAGCAAUCCCCUGGGGGUUCGCCCACCACAGCCCUGCUGUAAUGGCGAGACACCGGACACCAGAGGGCUUUCCGAGGAGACGCUUUUCUUUCCAGAGAAGAUUCAGCCCCGCUGGCUGCUCUCCGAGAUCAGGCCGCCUGGUGCACCUGGACCUCCAGCCCCUGUCUGGCCUGUGCGGGAGGCGCUCAGGGCAGGCUCCAGGCAGCCUGCUUCUGCUUUGCAGGGGAAGUUCCUGGGGAUUUUUGGGCCAGUGGCCCUUCUGGAGUGAUGGUGCCUGCAGUGGUCAGGCUUGUGCUAAGGAAGGUGACCGUCGAGGUGCCGGCCUGGCCCGCUUGGGACAGCGGGCUCCCCUCUCUGCAUACCUGCCCAACCCUGCUCGGGGCAGUUCCCAGGCGCUGUCGGGGAUCCCGCCCCCAGACCCCAGGGGGGACAGGCGAGCUUGCCCUGGCCGUGCUGCUGGUGGUUCACAGGUUGUGGCGCAGUCCAGCAGCCCCAUGAGGCCCCAGAGCCCGUCUCCUGAGCGUGAGGUGGACUUUCCACGCAUUGGCCUGGCCUCACCCAGGGUCAGUAGGAUUCUUUCCAGGGCAGGCCAGUCAGCUGUCUUGGGGUGGGUGAGCUGAGUGCUGCCCUGACUUCUGGGGGCGUGUCUGUCUGAUCAUAUCACUGGUGACCCCCACCCCCUUGGCUUAAGACUGUCUUUGCAGCACCUGGGGCCGUCACAGAAGCCCACCGUCCUGCGUCACCUCUGCGCUUGCCUGCCCCUCCUUCUAUCUCCAGGACCUCCCAUCUUCAGACGCACAAGGGUUUUAUUUAGAGUCUGCCAAGGGUCUAUGCCUUUCCUCUCUCACCACUCCUUCCUGCACACAGGCACCCACGCACAUCAGUCAGGCAGAUCAACCAGGCUCCUUCCUGCACACACACAUACACACACACACACACACGCACACAUAUGCAUGCACACACAUCAGUCAGGCUCCCUCCUGCACACAUGUCUGCUCUCAGCUCAGGCAUCCCCCUAACCGUGGCCUCCAUGCCCUGGUCUCUGCUGGGUCUUCCUGAGCCUCCACUAGGGUCAGCCCAGGGUGGGGUGAGUUGUCUCUCCUGUCCGCAGUAUCAGGGCAGAGCUGGCCCUCUGUAACUGGGACAGGGGGAGUGGAUGGUAACAGGUCUCCUCGGGAGGGAGGGGUGACACUUUCCUUCUGUUCCUCUGUUGCUGGACCCUCAAGAGGUGGGCAGAGGGACAGUUUCGGUUUUUUAGGGACACAGGGAAGCCCAUCCUGGAGCCCGAGGUUCGGAAGGAGACCCCUGGUGCUGAGUGCUGGAGAGAUUCUGACCUGCUGCUUCCUGAGUAAUCCGAGGAUGUGUGGGGUGGGACGUGGUACUUAUUACUCACUCAUGUGUCUGUCCGUCCGUCUGUUCAUCCCUGCACCCUCCCAUCCAUCUCCCUGGCCCUCUUGCUCUCUCCCUCCAUUUCUCCACUCAUCUGCUCACCUGCCCAUUGACCCCGCCACCUUCAUGCCUGUCCACCUGCCAUCUCUUCAUGUCUGUCCAUCCAUCCACCCAUGGUCUGUCCGUCCUGUUGUGUCGGGAGCCGCGUUAGGCAUUACUGACAAAAGCCCCAACCCCCUCUUCCUCAUCCCGCAGGCACGGUCCCGGGAUGAAGGAGUCAGCUCUUGUGAAUCUGACUCGUUCUUUCUUCAGUUGAGUUGGCUGGAAAGAAUGUUAAGGUGCUUGUUGUUCUUGAGAGAAGCAUGAGAAGGCACAAAGCCUUCUGCAGUUGUGCCCAGAGAAUAAUCCAUAAAGUUAACCAUUGACAUUUGUUCAA